AUGAGCACUCCACAAGUUACUCUGAGUUCUGGGAAUGCGAAAACCAUGCCUGUUUUGGGACUGGGAACAGCAGCUGAUCCACUUCCAGGACCAGAUACCGUCGUAAGAGCAGUGCUUGAAGCGAUUGAGCUCGGUUACAGGAUGUUUGAUACUGCUUCUGUUUACCAAACAGAGGAGGCUCUUGGUGAAGCCAUAUCUCAGGCUCUUGGUCUCGGUUUGAUCAAGUCCAGGGACGAAGUCUUCAUCACUUCUAAGAUCUGGUGCUCUGAUAAUUAUGGCGAUCGUGUCCUCCCUGCCCUUCGAAGGACUCUGCAGAAACUGAAGAUGGAGUAUCUUGAUCAAUACCUUAUACAUUUUCCGGUGAGCCUGAAGCCUGGAGCACCUUUUCCAUUUAGCCCUGAAGACGUUGUUUCGAUGGACAUUAAGUCUGUUUGGACAGCCUUGGAAGAGUGCCAAACACUUGGCCUUACAAAAUCAAUUGGUGUCAGUAAUUUCACUUGCAAGAAGCUUGCUGAUUUACUGGCUUUUGCUAAGAUUCCUCCAGCAGUCAAUCAAGUGGAGAUGAACCCGGCAUGGCAACAAGGGAAGCUGAUGGAGUUCUGUAAGGCAAAUGGAAUCACGAUAGCUGCUUAUUCUCCGCUUGGAGGACCAGGUGCCUUUUGGGGAAGCAAGGGGGUGUUGGAAUCUGAGGUUCUUCAGGAAAUUGCAAAGUCGAAAGGAAAAUCUGUAGCUCAGGUGGCUCUGAGAUGGGUUUAUGAGCAAGGGGUUGUCAUUGUGAUGAAGAGCUUCAACAAAGAGAGACUAAAGCAGAAUCUCGAAAUUUUUGACUGGGAGUUGACAGAUGAAGAGUCCAAGAAGAUUGCUGAUAUCCCACAGAGCAGGACAGGCCUUGCUCAGAUGUUCAUCUCUGAAGCAGGCCCUUUCAAGUCACUCGAGCAGCUCUGGGACGGAGAACUUUGAAAAAAAUUAUUCUAUAUACAUAAGUAUUCCCCAAUGAUUUUUUCUCAGAGGGUGACUUGUAGUACAGUGACCAAUGGCUUUUAUCUAAUUUUUGUUGUGCACGUCAAAUUCAAAUAAUUUUGUAGUGUGGUAAGAAUACAGGUGUGUGGGUAUUGAAAUUCAUGAUAUUGACCAUUUUACAAAAUAAAUGAAUGGAGUAUUCUAGAGGUUUAUCUUA